AUGGAGAUGGGGGAGCUGGUGCGUGGGGUGCUGGUCCCCACGUGCGUGGUGAUUGCCACGCCCGGGGCCGAGGCCGUGUGCGCCCGCAAUGGGCGCCGCGUCGUCGAGGUCCUUCGAUCACAGAACACCACACGCACCCUCGCAGCACGCGGCCCCAAUGAUCGCACCUACGCCGUACGCGAUUUCCAGCUGCGAUUCGCUGAUCUCCAAGAUUUUACACGCCCCUCGCCCCCCGCAUCGACGCCUGCAUCCCCGUCGACGCCGCGCGGCGAUGCCGAGGAGAGCGGGGUUGCCACUGCUGUCGCUACAGGUGGUGGUUUGGGUGAUCGCGAAAGCGAAGCGCUGCGUCGUCUGCUGGCCUCAUCUGCAGAUGAUGCCUACGCGCCGCCGCUCUCCCUCAAGGACCCGGCCGGCGUGGCCUCCUUCCUACGUGCGUGCAAGGGGCAGGAUGUGACGCCCUGGUACACCCAGUAUCGCUGGGCCUAUCUGCGCUCCAUCGGGCCGGCUCCCUACGAACACUUCGACGUGCCGGUCGCCUGUCUGUUUGUGAGUUCGACGGGCGAGGAGAAUGUGACCAAGAGCUUCCUGGACCUGUACAAGCCGCCCGACCUGCCGCCCAUCUUCAAAGACGGCUUCAUGGACCCCAACAUCGCCAAGUUCCACCUGCUCCUGCACGACAACGCCGCCGAGAACCCGCCCAAUGCCGAGCAAGCGCUCACCGAGAUCAGAGCCACGUUCGGGAAGGACUGUGCGCUGCUCAAGCUCAACUCGCUCCCAUCGGAUCAAGCAGGUAGCGCCACUGGCAACGGCAUUGGUUGGUAUCUGUCGGGCGAAGAUGUGCGGAAUAUUCAGGAAACGAUCGCCAACCUGAGCGCCAAGACGGUGGCCCAGCACAUGCAGUCCGUGAUCGGGCGCCUGCACGAGCAGGUCAUGGCCAACAGGAAGGGCUUUGUGACGGCGAUGGCGCUUGGAGCGUCGUCCUUCAUGGGCCUCAAGUUUGGCCGGGCCAAGGCCGCGAAGCCGGCGCCCACCCCGUCCAGCAGACCUGACAGCCGCGCUCACGAGGUAACGCGACUGUUGGCCGAUCUCGAGUUCAUGAUCGGCAUGUACGACUUGGCCCUGGCCAACUACAAACAACUCGCGGGCGAGUUCAAAUCGGAGAAAGAGUGCGGCCCGGAAUACUACGCAGCCGCGCAGGAGAUGAUGGGCCUGGCCACGCUCAUGUCCGAUCCCACGCCCAGGGGACCUCGUCGCGACACGGCAUGGGACGGCUACCGGCGCGCCGAGAACUGGACGCACGCCGUCCGAGCGAGCGUGUUCCUGGCCGAGCUGCUCUCCACCUCCUCUCCUCGUCAGGCUGCGCUCACUCUGCAGCGAACGGCACUGGCGCUCCCGGACAACACGUGUGCGGCGCUGCUGCACGAGCAAUCGGCCUUCCAGUUCCUGCACCAGGCCACGCCCGGCCUUCGACAGUUCGGGCUGGAGCUGGUGGCCGCCGGCAGCAAGUUUUGCGAGGUGGGCCAGCUGCGGCAUGGCCUCCGCUGCCUCCUCACCGCAUAUUCCCUUUACGAGAACCGAGGUUGGGGCGGUAUUGGCGACAGCCUGCACAUCAAGCUAGCCCGCUAUUCGUUCCUGGUGGGCAACCACGAGCGGUGCCUCGCCUUCUUCCAGAAGCUGUUCUCCGACUGCCACCAGCCGCCGCCCGCGCAGAACUCGCUGCUGCGCGAGUUCCUCCACCUGGCGGCCCAGAUCGCCCAGACGAGCACCGCGUCGUCCGAGCUGGUGGCCUCGUGUCUGCCCGUGCCCGUGAUCGACCAGCAGUCGGUCCGUCUGUUCCUGGCCUCCUACGACCCCUCCAGCGGCGGCGAGCAGAAGCUCUGGGACUCGCUUCAGAGCCGAGUGCUGAGGCAGGUGUCGGCCCCGCGCUCCUCGCUGCCGUCCUCCCGACCGGUGUCGGUCAUUCAAGAGUACAUCUAUAUUGAGGUGGAAGUGCGGAAUCCGCUCCAGGUGCCCAUCCAGCUGACCGACGUCCAGCUGGUGUGCACCCACGUGCCCGUGGACGCCGACGCCGCACACGAGCGGGAGGACUCGCCCAGGUUCCUCGUCGAGCCCUUCAACCACGUCCUGCGCGCCCAGGAGAAACAGAAGUUGCUGUUCUGGGUGGUGCCCCUGGUGGAGGGCCAGCUGGUGAUCGAGGGCAUCGGGUUCAAACUGUGCGGCAUGCUCUGGGGCCAGUCCAACUUCAUCAACCUCCACAAGUGCUUCGUCGGCGGUGGCGGCGGCGGGCAGCUGCACUCGUCUACGGCGGGCGCCGGUUACUCGUCCCUCUCCGCCUCUUCUUCUGCUUCGCCUCCGGCCAGCGAGCCGUCGUCACCGGCCGACAACAACGCCAUUCACGUGGUCGGGGCCAUGCCGCUCAUCGAGGCGAGCUUCGAGCACUUUCCAGAGCAGAUGCUGCAAGGUGAGGUCGCCCUUCUCACGCUCCGCCUCAAGAACAUCGGACACAUGGGGCUGGAGGGGAUCAGUGUGGGCAUUUCGCAUCCGCACUUCUUCUUGAUCGGCGGCGAUGAUCCGAGCGCCGCCGCGGAGGUCGACGAUUCGAUGUCUUCGAAGCUGCCGCACGCGCUCCCUGCAGCGUGGAACCCGCCCUUUGGCGCGCCGGCGGCGGAGGAGGUCGGCAGCGUGGUCAAGCUGAGCUGGCUCAAGGCCCUGGGUCCCGGCGAGGCCGUGUCGCUGCCCGUCUGGAUCCGCGCCGCCACCACCGGCCACACCACCUUCCGAUUCCUCUUCUACUACCAACCGCACAAUGCUGAAGAGGAGCAGAGCGUGGAAAGCGAGGAGGCGGAGGCGAAGCAGAGGCACAGCGGCCACCACCAACAAACGGGGAUGGCCUACCGCCUGCACCGCAUGGCGCAGAGCGUGCGCGUGCGUCCGUCGGUCGGCGCCAGCACGUGGCUGCGCGUGUCGGCCAUGGACCUCGCCUCGCAGGUCCUGGCCCUCUCCCUCUCCAACAACGCCCACGACCACACCUCCUUCCGGCUCCACCAGGUCUCCGCCAUCUCCCGCAAGUGGACCCUCGCCCCGCUCCACGCCCCCGCAGCCGCCUCCGCCGCCGGUGAUGACGUCAUCUUCGCCGCGGCCCGCGACGACAACGGAGGCGGCGAUGAUGACGUGGCACACGGUCAGCAGACGGCGGAGCCCAAGCCGCGGCGACGUCGGCGCAGCAGUGUUAAGAAGGCGGCGGACGCGGGCGCGCCGGAGCAUUACCGGGUGGAGCCCGGACAGACCAAGACCUUCUUCCUCCGCAUUCUGCCACGCGACGACCACGACUCCAACGACCACCGCGUCGGGACCCAUCUCACCUUUGAUGACACGACGGAGGUCGACCAUCGCGAGCAGCCCUACAACAGCUUCCUUAGCGUGGAGCGCGAUCGGCACAUGGCCGCCCUCGUGCCGCUGGGCUUCAUGAACCUCGACCCGCUCACGGGCGAUCCAAUUCCGCCGCCGCCGCCGGCGCUCGAUCUGCUGGUCUUCUGGCGGACCAAGACCGGUGGCGUCGUACACCGCGGCUUCCAAUACCUCCCCUGCUCGCCCACCUCACCACCGGCUGCCCGGCCGCCUCGGACGGAUGCCAAUGUAGAUACCAGUUUGAGCCAAGCCGGCCUGGAGCAGCCCCUGCGAUUCUCUGUCGUCGCGCCGCGACAGGUAGUGCACGAGUUUGACGGUGCGCCGUGUGUUGUGCCGGCCACGAUUCAAGUCAAGAACACGUCCGGCGUCGAGCUGAGCGUGCGAUUGGAGCUCCUUCGGCCGAACCAGCCGCGGCGUCCCUCCUACUCCGGUGGUGGCGGCUCGCGUGUGACACACCAGCAGCCGGGCGUGGCGCUCGUGGAGCCCGAGGCGGAUGUGGAGCAGCACUACUUCUGGACCGGACCGACGGUGCUGCAGGCCGGCAGCGUGCCGGCGGGCGGCGAGGUGCGGUUCGACGUGACGCCGUGCUUCAUGUCGCCCGGCACCUACAGCCUCGAGCACUUCCAGUUGGUCGUCGCGUCGGCCCAGCUCCACCAGCACCACCCGCACACCAUCACGCCGCCCCGGCACCUCAUCUUUGUCGCUGCGCCGGGGCUGGGCGAGGGCGCGUAG